AAUACAAGAAACAUGACAGAAGGUUUUCCUUAUACAUAUCUCAUUUUUUUUCCCUCCACAAGCUCCAAAAGAGUGACGCAGACAUAAGACCAAAGACACUUCUUCUUAUUUAUUGUCUCUGAGUGUUUGAGUUGUUCUUCUACUUAGAGUGGCAGAGAGAGACAUGGAUAAAAUGUCAGCUUGUUUAUGUCUUGUAUUCUUCUUCUUCUUCUUAACUAUUGUUGCAGAAGCAAAGUAUCCUCCUGGAGGUUCCUACCAUCUUUCAUCUUUGAGACAAAACAUGAAGAUCUCCAAGUCAAAGGCAGAGUUACCCUUUCACUUUCAGACUCGUUAUUUCCCUCAGAAUCUAGACCACUUUAGUUUCCAACCAGAGAGCUACAUAAUCUUCCAUCAGAAGUACCUCAUCAGCAGCCAUUUCUGGCGCAAAGGUGGCCCCAUCUUUGUCUACACGGGCAAUGAAGGUGACAUUGAAUGGUUUGCUUCUAACACUGGAUUCAUGUUGGACAUUGCUCCCAAGUUCCAGGCUCUUCUUAUCUUUAUCGAACAUAGAUUCUAUGGAGAGUCCAAUCCGCCGAGGUCAGCCAAGAAAAUGGGAUACCUGAACUCACAGCAAGCGUUAGCUGAUUACGCAAUCUUGAUAAGAAGCUUGAAGCAGAAUCUAUCGUCAGAAGCAUCUCCUGUCAUAGUCCUUGGUGGUUCUUAUGGUGGAAUGCUUGCAGCGUGGUUCAGGCUAAAGUAUCCGCAUAUUGCAAUUGGCGCAUUAGCAUCCUCUGCUCCAAUUCUGCAGUUUGAUAAGAUUGUUCCGUCUUCAAGCUUCUAUGAUACCGUUUCUCAGGAUUUCAAGGAUGCGAGUGUCAACUGUUUUGAAGUCAUCAAGAGAAGCUGGGGAGAACUGGAUGCUUUUUCCACCAUGAAAGAUGGCUUACAAAAACUCAGCAAAAAGUUCAGAACUUGCAAGGAUCUUCACUAUGUCAGUUCAGCCUCAGGGUGGCUAGAGUCAGCCUUUGUUAAUACAGCAAUGGUUAAUUAUCCAACUCCAGCAAGUUUCAUGGCUCCACUGCCUGCUUAUCCAGUGGAAGAGAUGUGCAAGAUCAUCGACGGGUUUCCUCUAGAAGCCAGCAAUCUUGAUCGUGCAUUUGCAGCUGCAAACUUAUACUACAACUAUUCAAGUUCAGAGAAUUGCUUCGAUAUUGAAAACGAAACUGAUCCUCAUGGACUCAAUGGUUGGUACUGGCAGGCUUGCACAGAGAUGGUCAUGCCAAUAAGCUGUUCGAACCAGAGCAUGUUUCAACCAUUCGAAAGUAAUGACAAACGAGACCAAGAAGCAUGUCUAAGGGAAUAUGGUGUCAAGCCUAGACCACACUGGAUUACCACCGAAUUUGGCGGACAGAGAAUAGAGAUGGUAUUGAAGAGAUUUGGUAGCAACAUUAUAUUCUCCAACGGAAUGCAGGAUCCAUGGAGCAGAGAAGGGGUUCUGAAGAACAUAUCGAGUAGCAUCAUUGCGCUUGUGACCAAGAAAGGAGCUCACCAUGCGGAUCUGAGGGCUGCUACAAAAGACGACCCUGAGUGGCUGAAAGAACAGAGGAGGCAAGAAGUUGCGGAGAUGGAGAAAUGGAUCAGUGAGUAUUACAGUGAUCUGAGACAAGAAGAGCAAGGCAAGUAAAAGGACCAAAAACACCAUUAGAAACAUUUGUCUGUUUCCUCAUGUGUCUGUGAUGAGAUUUGUCCAAUAGUAAAUAAAAACAAUCGAUUGUUUUCAUCUUUCAA